AUGGUAACCAUUGGGGAACGUGUUGAGAGCGGACUGAAAUCAGGGAAAAUCACAUACACGACCGCAGCGCAGACAACCAACAAAAGGCCGCAUGGGGGCUUCGCUAAAAAGAAGGAGGGGGAAGCAAACAUUUUGAUGGCGAAGGCUUGCCCCCGAUAUCAAUUUCUGAUGGCCCCUAUGUCGUAUUAUCCAUAUUUGUACGUCGCCGCAGCUCAAUAUCAGCAACCGCCAUUCCAGUACCAACCGCAGAAAGGCAAUCAACAACCAACACCCGCUCAGAAAAAUCCGAACCAACAAUAUAAUCGUGAUAACAGAGGACAAAAUCGAGGUCAAAAUAACAAAGGCAAUUAUGGUAAUUGUUCCCAGUUUGAUAAGAUCUCGGUGCCAUAUGCAGAAUUAGUGCCAUAUCUGAUUCAUGUGGGGGCUAUUGUACCAAUAGAACUUCCCGCAGCCUCUCCUCCCUAUAAUCAUAGUCACAAUCCUAAUGCCACAUGCGCUUUCCAUGCAGGGUAUAUAGGACAUUCCACCAAGGACUACCAUAGUGGCGCAGCAGUCAAUGCUGUGAUCGAAGAGGAGACCACCAAAUCUAUACGAAGGACCAAAGAAGUGAAGCCUCUGAUGUCCGUUGUGUUACAGAGGCUUGAACAGUUUGGGUUUCUAGAAGGUGUACAUGAUGAUUGUGCAGUAUGCGAGUUUGAUUUGGAUAAUAGCGACCACCUGAAGGGUUGUGUGCAAGAACUGAUGGAUCAAGGGUUAAUACAGUUCUCCAAGUCUCAAGCAGUAGAAGAGGUGGAAGCAGUACCAUGGAAUUAUGAGACUACAACGUAUUUGGGAGGAAACGAAAUUCGCAUUCCUGACACAGAAAUCGUCAACAUUGCUGGAACGGGAGGCAUGACUCGAAGUGGCCAUGUAUUUGCUUCUAAAUACACUCCUAGGGUGUCUCCGGCACCCACAGUUAUCCCGCCUAAGGAGAAGGUUAUUGAAAAUAAAGCUACAAAAUCUGAAACGUCUAAGGGUAAAGCGCCAAUGGUUGAGAAAGAACAAGUUGAAGAUUACAAGAAGAGUAUCACUUUUGAGGAAAGCCAAGAAUUCCUCAAAUUGAUCAAGAAAAGUGAUUUCAAGAUUGUUGACCAGUUGAAUCAGACUCCCUCAAAAAUAUCAAUUUUGUCUUCGCGGUUGAGUUCUGAGGCUCAUCACAAAGCAUUGCUGAAAGUUCUAAAUGUCUCUCAUGUGAUGCAAGAUAUCACGGUCGACCAAUUUGACGAUGUGGUUUCCAAUAUCACCGCCAGUAGGUAUCUGGGAUUUAAUGAAGCAGAGGUACCUUUUGAGGGAAACGGCCACAACAAAGAACUACACAUUUUGGUCACAUGUACCGACUCUCUCUUAUCUCGAGUCCUCGUUGAUACUGGUUCUUCGCUUAAUGUACUACCAAAAUCUACGUUGAGCCAAUUACAGUUUAAAGGGACCGAUAUGAGGACCAUCGCAUUAAUCAUUCAUGCUUUCGAUGGUUCCCGAAGGCAGGUAAUUUGGAAGGUUGAUUUGCCUAUCUGUGUUGGACCCCACCAGUUCAACAUCACUUUCCAAGUCGGACAUCAACCCAGCUUACAGUUGUUUGUUGGGCAGACCGUGGAUUCAUGCCGUUGGGGAAGUCAAUUAUACAUUGCACCAGAGGCUGAAAUACUUGAUAGAGGACAAACUGGUAAUUGUGUGUGGUGA